GAGACAGAAGUGAGAGGGGCGAAAAAGAGAGGAGAGAGAAAGAGAAACAUGAGAAAGAUAUAGGAGGAGAAUAGAGGCAGUAAAAGAUCAAGGAUACAGAGAGAAAGAAAGAGGGAAAACAGUGGAACAAAGAGAGAGGAAGAAAGAUCCACACAGGGUUAGAGAAAAGGAUAAGAGAGGGGCAGGAACAAAGACAGAAAAAUAGAAGGAAAGAGAGGGAAAACAGAAACACCAGUAAGUAAUCGAGGAGAGGUCUUCAGCCUCCACACGGGGUUAAGUCUCGAUCCUCCUGUUCACAAUGACCUUGGUCGGUGGAAUGAAUUGCUGCUUUAAGGUCAGUCUGCUGCUCCUGGGUAUUUCUGUCCAGUUGGUGAUGGUAGUUUCACACCCUCAGUGCCUGGAUUACAAGCCGCCAUUCAAACCCACCAAGCCCCUGGCAUUCUGCACGGCCUACUCCAGUUUCGGUUGUUGUGACGCGAGGGCUGACUCCAGCCUGGCCCGAAGAUACCAGCACGUUGUCAGCUACCUCCACCCCUCGGGGGUCUCAGUCUGUGGCAAGUACAUCCAGGAGCUGCUGUGUCAGAAAUGCUCGCCGUAUGCGGCUCACCUCUACGACGCGGAGGACGCUGACACGCCGGUGCGGGUUUUGCCGGGGCUCUGCAGCGAUUAUUGUGCCGAGUUCUGGAAGCGCUGCCGUUCGACCCUGAGCCUCCUCACCGGGGAUACACGGACGGUGGACCUGGAGACAGACCGUGGCAAGUUCUGCAGCUACCUGGAGCUCCAGGACCCUGACUACUGCUACCCCAACGUCCUGAGCAGUGAGCGGCUGCAGACGAACCUGGGGAGGGUCCAGGCCGACGCCGAGGGGUGUCUCCAGCUCUGCCUGAAGGAAGUAGCCAAUCGGCUCAGGAACCCAGUGGCCAUGCUGCACGCCGGCGAUGGAACCCACCGCCUCUUUGUGGCCGAGCAGCUGGGCCUAGUCUGGGUCUACCUGGCCAACGGCUCCAAGAUCAGCCAGCCCUUCCUCAACUUGACUGAGACCGUCUUGACCUCACCUUGGCUGGGCGACGAGAGGGGUUUCCUGGGCCUGGCCUUUCACCCCAGCUUCAGGUGGAAUGGCAAGGUCUACGUCUACUACUCCAUCUUCUCGAGGAAGGCUGAGAGGAUCCGCAUCAGUGAGUUCCAGCUGCUGCCUGGCAACAUGAACGCACUGGACCACACCUCAGAAAGGGUGAUUUUGGAGGUGCUGGAACCAGCUUCCAAUCACAAUGGAGGACAGCUACUGUUUGGAAAUGAUGGAUAUCUUUAUAUUUUCACGGGAGAUGGUGGGGGAGCUGGAGAUUCAUUUGGGAAGUUUGGAAAUGCCCAGAAUAAACCGUUCUCCCUUGGCUGUGUUGCAGAUGACGUCCUGCCAAUCUUCGCGUAUCCCCACAGAUUGGGCCGGUCAGUAAUUGGCGGCUAUGUCUACAGAGGCUGCGAGAUGCCCAAUCUGAACGGACUCUACAUCUUCGGAGAUUUCAUGAGCGGGCGCCUCAUGUCUCUGAAAGAGGAGUCGCGCUCUGGCCGCUGGAGUUACCAGGAGAUCUGCAUGGGCCGCGGGGAAGUGUGUAAUUUUCCCAAACUCAUCAAUAACUACUACCAGUACAGUGAACUGUACUUUAUGUCCAGUGGAAAUCCCAGUGCUUACGCCCCUGCAGGGACUGUGUACAAAUUCAUCGACCCGUCUCGGAGAGCACCACCGGGGAAGUGUCGCUUUAAACCGAAGCCUGUGACUGUGAAAGGAAAGUUACUUCCAUUUCGACCGAAAGAGAAACUCAUCUUGGAGGUGAAAACCACAACGGUGGCCCCAACUUCUGCUAGGCCCAGACCCAGGCCCAGGCCCAAGCCCAGGCCCAGGCCCAGGCCCCGACUGACUGGGGCCACGACACGCAGGCCCAAGGUGGGUUGGAAAGAGAAAACCCAGGCUACCACCACCGCCGCCGCCACCACCACAUCCGCCCCAGCUGCCGCCCCUCAGCCGCCCACUUUGAGCUGGCACUGGGAGAUGCCAGGCCAACCAACCACAAAAGCUCCGCCCAGGAGCCGCACGCCACCGACGGAGGCAGAGAGAGGCCGGGGAGCGGGAGCGGGCGGGCGGCGCGUGGAUCAGAGUUUGAAGACGGGAAAGAGGAGGCGCGGGCGGCCACGGGAGGGCACGGUGCGGUUGGCGGGCACCAGGGGGCAGCGCCGGAGGAGGAGGAGGCCAGGCGAAGGCAGAGUCGAGGUCUACGUCAGUGGACGGUGGGGCACCGUCUGCGGCCGCUCCUGGGAUUCCGGCUCCGCGGCGGUGGUCUGCCGUCAGCUGGGUUACCGGGGCGUGGCCAGGGUUGCCGGCACGGCAGAGUUCGGGGCCAGCGGCCUGCCGAUCGUUCUGGGCAGCGUGCGAUGUGUGGGCACCGAGAGGAACAUCCUGAGGUGUCGGCACAGGCCCCUGGGGGAACAUGGCUGCCCACGUGGGCAGGAGGCUGGCGUCAUCUGCCGUAGGCAGCACACUGCUCCGAGAACAUAACCCGCACAGAAACAGGCCCUUCGGCCCAUCACAGUGUCUGUGCUGACCACGGUGCCAUCACAAAGUCCCGAAGAAGGUGGUGGCCUGACUUUUAAUCCCCAGUAACGUUCCCAGGUUCAAUUCCCGCCACACCAGAUGGUGAAAUUUGAAUUCAAUAAAAAUAAUAAUGUGAUGUAAUUAGCUAUUGGGAGGCGAUGGUCUCAUGGUAUGAUUGUUGGACUAUCAAUCCAGAGACUCAGAUAACAAUCUAAGGACCUGGGUUUGAAUCCCACCAU